AUGGGCAGAAUUAUGGGCUACAGAGGCAGUGCUGGAGUUGCGGCUGCCGUUGCAACAAUACGCAUGCCAGGAACUGCCCCUAUUGCGGCAGAAACAACACUGGGUUCGAGUCAGCUGCAACGUGAGGUGCUAAAGGAGCUGCAGCGUCAGCGGCUGCUGCAGAAGGCACGCACGUACGAGCCUCUGUUCCUUUCGAAACAGUGUGAGGGCAGCAAAAGCUGGUGGCCCGUAGCUGCUGCUGCGAGGCCGCACGCCAAACGCCGGGUAUGGGAGUGGUUUAAAGUUUAUCUGAGGGGGUGCCAACAGCAGCAGCGGCUCCCACUGAAUUUUGGGGGACUUCCUAAAAGUAUACAAUCCUGCGUCGCCAGUAGCUGGUGUAAAGGAAGCAGUGUGUGGCGGCUCCUGUGGACCGGUUUUGUUGCAGCAGCUACAGCAGCAGCAGCAGCAAUGACAGCCGUAUCUGUAGGUGAAAGCCUUGUGCAGGGUCGAACCGUUGCCGCAGCAGCCACGGAGAGGAGCCUGAAAAGUUGGCUUGCUUCGAGUUUGCUGCAGUGCAGCAGCAGCACCCUAUCAUUUUGGGGGGUCUGCACAGCUGGGUCUCGAAUUCAACAGGCACUGGGCGUCUCCUGCUCCUCCCUCCUAUCUAAGCCUUUGGGUCUUCUCACGCUUGCUGUGGCUUCGAAUGCAGCAGCAGCAGCUGCUGCUGCUACAUCUUUUACAUGCGGCAGGCUGCAGCAGCUGCAUGCACGGGCGAAUAGCAGUCAUCAAGGGUGGCUUGAGACGGCAAAGGAACUGCAGCAGGAAUGUCGCGGAAAGUGGGGUGCUUUGCUUCUGCAGCAUCACCCCCGAUCCACGUCUACUGCUGUCGCUACCUGCAGCGGCAACCGCAAGAGCCUGUUGAGGCUUGUAGUGGCAGAGACACUAGAAGGUUUAUUGUUGUACUACUUAUUGGGUGGCCGCCUCUUUCGCCUCUCUCCAUCCAGCUUAGUUGCUCCUGGGGCCUUCUCACAGCAUGCCCUGUCUCUGGCAGCGUCUACGAUGUAUGCAUCCGAGACAGAAAGGCGCCUGAUUAAGAGGUUGGGCCUGCGCUUUGGCUGCCACACCUGUGGAACACGGUCCAGCAGAACUCGCUGGGUAGCGGAUCACCAGCCCCCUACCGCUCAAGUUCUUCGCUAUGAAGAGACGCUUUCGGGAAGGAUUAUCGGUACGCUACGUCGGCUACUAGGGGGGCCGAAGUAUUGGCCGCAGCGCCUCUAUCCGCAGUGCGAGAGCUGCAGCCUGAAGCAGGCUGUAGCUGUUAGGAAGCAGACUACUGCUGCCGUUGCUUCAGGGGCAGCAGGGGCGCCACUGACAGUAAUGGCUGCUUCAGCAAAGCUCAGAGACAGAAAUAUGCUGGCACAGCAGCAACUUGUCUACAGGUGGAAGAGCAUCAGGCUGUGGCACCUCACAGGGGGCAUUCUGACUCUCAUUCGCUGUGUUGAUGCGUUGUAA